AUGGCAACAGGCAGUCUCUGGGAGAAAUUGCCCUCGAUGGCUUCCAUUUCGCAUGAGAAAAAGUCGCUCUUCCUUGUUCUUGCCCCGUGUCUUAUUUUAUUCAUCGUCAUCUCAUCGUUUGUCAAGUCCGUAUCUAGAAAGAGACAAAUCAGGGCCCUUGGUGGUUUUGCCCCUCGGGUUCACUCAUGGGCCCCAUUUGAACUCGAUCUCUUGGUCACGGCGACAAAACAUCUUAUAAACAACACCUUUUUCGAAUGGACUCACAAGCUGCUCACCAGACCUGGCCAUACCAUAGAAUUCAACAUAUUUGGCAGGCGUAUCCUCUUCACUGAUGCCGCUGAGAAUAUUAAGACCAUCAUGGCUACAAAUUUUUCCGUUUGGCCAAAAGGGCAUCAUAUGCAUGCUAUUUGGGAGGUAGCACUGGGCGACUCAAUCUUCACGACUGAUGGUGAAGAAUGGCUGGCGAGUAAAGCCCUGCUUCGACCUUAUGUUGCCAAGGCCCGCCCGAAUGACUUGGAAGAAACCGAGAUUGAUUUCCAGGAACUGAAGAAACAUUUGAUGAAGCCAGAGGCCCACGACGUAUACGACUUAGCUGAUCGUUAUCAACUCGAUGUCGUAACGCGCAUAUUUCUCGGGCACUCUGCUGGAUCACUCCCCGCUACUAAACAAGAAUUCCGAGUAGCAAUGGAGAAAGUAUUUGACUGGAACACCAAAAGAAUUUUGCUGGGACCGUUUGGAACGAAAGUCCCCAUGGGCAUCGUGGCGGCAGGCCCACUGAAAAUAGUCAACGAAUACGUCGCCUCUUUUGUAGACCGAGUCAAAGCUAUGUCUCCCUCGGAUAUCGAAGCUAUCCCUGAGAACGAACAGAACCUUGUUCAUGGACUGAUCAGAAACGGAAAGGACCCCAAGAGCAUCAGAGACCAAUUGUUGGCCGUUCUCACAGCAGCAAAGGAUCCCUCGGCAAUUUCAAUUGGAUGGAACCUCUUUGAGCUGGCUCGAAAUCCCGAAGUGGCUGCGAAACUUCAAGAAGAGAUUCUCUCAGUGGUUGGCAGUUACUCGAUACCCCCAACAGCCGCACAGUUGAACGAAUUGACUUACGCAAAAUGCAUUAUGAGGGAGUCUUUACGGGUAUAUGCAUCCUUGGGUUACAACAUUCGCACAUGUUCAGCAGACACCACUCUCCCGGUCGGCGGGGGAGUAAAUGGCCAAGAACCCGUCGGCGUGCUUGCAAACACCCAAUGCGUUUACUCAACACUCGGUCUUCAACGACGCAAAGACGUCUGGGGAGAAGAUGCUGAAAGCUGGAGGCCUGAGAGAUGGCUCAAUUAUAAACCAGCCACCUGGGACUACAUCCCCUUCAACCACGGUCCUCGUGUUUGCAUGGGACGCAACUUUGGCCAACAGCAGAUCUUGUAUGUGCUUGUUCGGAUCUAUCAGGAGUUCGGCCGUAUUGAGCUAGUAUCUCCCAAAGAACAGCAGAUCCGAGUGGAGCUGAACACAAAAAUGGCACAUAAAUGUAUGUGCAAGUUCCAUCCUCGAGAGAGGUCUGAAGUGGAAAAGACCGGCAUCUAG